CGUCUUUCCACAAAUGGAGAAACUGAGGCUCGGAAAGGUGAAGGAGCUCAUCCAAGUUCACCAGGCAGGUAAGCACCAGGUUGUCACAAUGAUGGGGCUGGGAGCCUGCGCCCUCACCGGAGUUGCCCUGAUCUUCUUGCUACUCCCUAAAAGUCCGGAGAGCUGCGGGCACAUCAGGCUCUCAGUCCCCAUUGUCCGUCUUGGGGACCCUGUCAUGGCUUCCUGCACCAUCAGCCCAAACUGCAGCAAACUGGACCAAGAGCCACAGAUCCUAUGGAGACUGGAAGAUGGACCAAACCAGCCUGGAGACAGAAAGCAGAGACUGCCUGAUGGGACCCAGGAAUCCAUCAUCACUCUGCCACAUGUGAACCACACCAAGACCUUUGUCUUCUGCCUAGUGCCAUGGGGCAACAGCUUCCAGGUCCUGGAUCAAGCUGAACUUCAGGCAGGCUAUCCUCCUGCCAGCCCUUCCAACUUGUCCUGCCUCAUGUACCUCACCACCAACAGACUGGUCUGCCAGUGGGAACCAGGUCCUGAGACCCACCUGCCCACCAACUUUACCCUAAAGAGCUUCAGGAGCCGUGCCGACUGUCAGUACCAGGAAGACUCCAUCUUGGACUGUGUGCCCGAGGACAGGCAGAACACCUGCUCCAUUGCCCGCAAACACCUGUCUCUCUACCAGAAUAUGGUCAUCUGGGUGCAAGCAGAGAACACGCUAGGGAUCAGCGAGUCCCCAAAGCUGUGCCUUGACCCCAUGGAUGUUGUGAAAUUGGAGCCUCCCGUGCUGCAGGCCCUGGAUGUUAGCCAUGAUCUAGUCCCACGCCAGCCAGGCUGUCUGUGGCUGAGCUGGAAGCCAUGGGAGCCCGGUAGAUUCAUGCAGCAGGAGUGUGAACUCCGCUACCAGCCACAGCUUAGAGGAGCCAACUGGACACUGGUGUCCCACCUGCCUUCCAGCGAGGAUCAGUUCAAGCUCUGUGGGCUUCACCGGGCUCCAGUAUACACCCUGCAGAUUCGGUGCAUCCGCUCCCUUCUGCCUGGACUCUGGAGCAGCUGGAGCCCUGCCCUGCUGCUAAGGCCCACCAUUAAAGCCCCCACCAUCAGACUAGACACAUGGUGGCAGAAGAAGCAACUGGGUCCCGGGAUAGAGAGUGUGCAACUGUUCUGGAAGCCAACACCCCUGCAGGAAGACAGCGGACAGAUCCAGGGGUACCUGCUCUCUUGGAGUCUCUCGGAUCAGCAAGGGCCGGAGAGGCACCUCUGCAACACCACAGAGCUCAGCUGUAUCUUCUACCUGCCCUUGGAGGCCCAGAACGUGAGCCUUGUGGCCUACAACACAGGAGGGACCUCUACACCUACACCAGUGGUUUUCUUAAAGAACAAAGGUCCAGCUGUGACCAAACUCCACGCCAUGGCCCAAGACCCAGAUAGCAUCUGGGUAGACUGGGAAGCACCCAGCAUUCUGCCUCAGGGCUAUCUGAUUGAGUGGGGCCAGAAGUCCCUCAAUAAGUCCUGGAGGAUUGAGCCCAAUGGGAACAUCACUGGAAUUCUGAUACAGGAAAACAUAAGUCCCUUUGUGCUCUAUGAAAUCUUGGUGGCCCCUCUGUACCCAGGCAUCGUAGGACCCUCUGCCCAAAUCUACACCUACUCUGGAGAAAAAGUCCUUCCCCAUGCUCCAGAGCUACAUCUGAGGCACGUGGGCAGGACCUGGGCCCAGGUGGAGUGGGUACCUGAGACCCCUUGGCUCGGGAUGAUACCCCUAACCCACUACACCAUCUUCUGGACCAACGAUAAGAACCAGUCAUUUGCCAUUGUCCUAAACAUCUCCUUCCAUGGCUAUGUUCUGGACCACCUGGAACCUGCCCGUUUGUACCACGUCUACCUCAUGGCCACCAGCCGGGCAGGGUCCUCCAACAGUACAGGCCUGACCCUGAUGACCUUGGCCCUAGAGACAUCUGAGCUACACAUCUUCCUGGGCCUGCUUGUCUUCCUGAUUUCUUUCGUCAGCCUCUGUGCGGCUGUCUGGUUCUGCUGCAAGCAAAGCAGGAAGAACUUCUUUUGGCCAAAUGUGCCAGACCCAGCCCACAGCAGCCUGAGCUCCUGGGUGCCCACCAUCAUGACAGAGGAAAUCUUCCAGCUGCCCAGCUUCUGGGACACCAGCAUGCCACCAAUCACCAAGAUCACUGUGCUGGAGGAAGAUAAGAAGCUGACCAAUUGGGAUUCUAGUGACAACUCUCGGGCUAACAGCCUUCCCACCCUGGUUCAGGCCUACGUGCUCCAAGGAGAUCCAAGAGCAAAUUCCAGCCAGUUCCAACCCUCCUCUGGCACAAGUGACCAGGUCUUUUAUGGUCAGGUGCUGGGAAGCCCCACCAGCCCAGGAGUAAUGCGUUACCUUCGCUGUGAUUCCACUCAGCCCCUUUUGGGGGGCCUCACACCCAGCCCUAAGUCUUAUGAAAACGUCUGGUUCCACCCAAGACCCCAGGAGCCCUUUGUGGCCCAAUCCCCAAGCCAGGAAGAUGACUGUGUCUUUGGGCCACCGUUUGAUUUCCCCCUCCUGCAGGGGCUCCAGGUCCAUGGAGUUGAAGAACAAGAGGGCUUCUAGGACCUUUUGGAUGCUUGAAUCUUGAAGGCCCUGACCAGUUCAGAGGAUAAGAGCCCUCCACUGACAUCUACUGGCCCUGAGAGAAGCAGAAAGAGCCAGUCUGCUCCAUCCCUGGCCAUUAUUCCUCGCCUUCAUCCCACCCUCCACAGGCUGCACCCCCAGGAUACCCUCAUACUCUAGAUUCAGAUAGAUAGAUAACUGCUUCCAGCCUUCCACUCACCUUUUGUGUUUCCCAUCAUUUCAGUUUGUUGAGCUGAUUUUAGAUUCUGAACUGGGGCUGGUAUUUUCAGAAUUCUUGCCAGACGUGGGGAUACAUGUCCGUCAUCCCAACAGGGAAGGAAGAUGCAGGAA